GCGCUACGACACAUUUUUUCACGCUUCUAGUGCGAUGAAAUAAACGCAUCCUUUAUAAACAAAAAUUAAUAAAAACUGUUAUACUUUUUUAAACGAACGUGAAGAAAAAGUCAUUUAACAGAUAUGAUAGGUUUUUUAUUAACUAAUCUUGCUCUUUCUUUGCUUGUUUACGCUUGCGUCUAUUUCUGCACUGCGUAUGUUACUUACGACACUUAUUACGUGAAGUUUUCAAGUUUUAACUGACAUAUUUUAUAACCUCGUGUUGAUCAUAUGAGUAUCAACCUUACAUAACGUGGGUUUUGAUUUUGUUGUGCUGACUUGAUGGUCACGAGAGAUCACUUUGCACUUUGGUAUUUGUGAUAAAUUCUGAUUGUGUUCUACGUUCCAGGAAAGGCGGUAAUGUUUGGAUUCGUGUUAUGUAUGAACCAUUGAUAAAAUGGCAUAAGGCCAUAUUCAAACAACCCACAGAUUAAACCAUUGUGCAAUUAAUAUGUGAUUAAUUUUAUUGUCUUUUAGAAUCUAAAUUGAAAUAUUUUGUGAUCAAAUAAUAAUUUUGUAUUUCGACAAAAUGCAAAAUGUGAUGUACCGAAUAUUAUUUGCAGUAAGUGCCACAAUAAUUCCAAUGGUUCUAAGUUACUGGAUUAAACAACGAUAUAGAAACAAAUUACUUAAACUUCAAAGUCAGCAACGUGAAUUUGAUAACUCUUAUUACCACUGUAUGUUUUGGACGACAGACAAUAAUAAAUGUAAAGAGCACAUGUUCAAUAACAUAGAAUGUCGCAACAACUGCUCUGUCACAUAUUUGCAAACUCUUUUAAAAUGCCUAUCAUCGUCUAAAUCAUCAAUAGCAAUGUGCAUGUAUCAUCUUACAUUGAAACAAGUAGCAGAUGAGUUAAUUAAAGCGCAAAGGAGAGGAAUCACAGUACGAAUAAUUACAGAUUAUAUCACUUCAAGAAUUGAGCAUUCAAAAAUGAAAUUGUUGAAGAAUACACAUGGUUUUGACGUGAGAACACCACCCUGCAAUGACUCAUUUAUGCACCACAAAUAUUGUCUUAUUGAUGCAGAAGAUGCAGAUUUACAAAAACUGUUUUUGGGGUCCCUAAAUUUAACUCUGCAAGGUUGUGUAGCCAAUUUUGAAUUUGUCGUAAUCACCAACAAUCCACACAUGAUUCGCGAGUAUAGCAAGGAAUUUAACGUCCUCUGGAAUACUUUUGAGGAGUCAAAUGUGCUUAGGUUAUAAGUUUACAAAUCAAGGAGAGUAUAAUUUUGUAACAAAAGUAUAUUCAUAUUGCUGCUUACAAUUGAACAUGUUUAUUUUAAUAAAUCAGGUUUGUAACAAA